UCCAACUUUAUCUCCAGGUCCAGGCAAACUCCACACAUCGGCCCGUUCUCGGGUUCUUCCUACCUCAACAACACCCCGCCCAACGACACUGUCUUUCUUCAUUUUCGAGGCUGAAUAGUCCACUUCGUCCCACGCCAUGGCACGCAUAAAUCUUCCGCCGUUGACGCGCAGCCUGCUCGCCUCCGUCAUCGUCUUCACCAUCUUCAAUGCUGUAUUGCGCCCACAGACCAGCUGGCUCGAGAAGGCCGAGAAGCCGUUGGUGAGCGUGGGCGAUGGUGUGCCCUACCUGGCCAUUGUCCCGGGCGUCUCCAUCAUAUACCCCUGGGUGUUCUUGCUGGCCACGGCAGUGGAACAGAACCUGCUGGGACUUCUAGUGACCGGACUCACCGUCUUCUACGGAGGACGAUAUCUGGAACGCGCGUGGGGUUCCACCGAGUUUACGAAAUUCAUUCUCUUCGUGGCCCUGAUACCCAACAUCCUGAGCUUCCUGCUCUAUGUCUUUGGCUAUGUCCUGUCCAGGAAUUCGAACACUCUAAAUACCACCAUAUCUGGAGGCAUCGCCAUCCAAGCCGGGUUCCUCGUCUCCUUCAAGCAACUCGUUCCCGAACACACCGUCUCCAUCGCCAAAGGUCUCGUCCGCAUGCGCGUUAAACAUUUCCCAGCAAUCUUCCUCCUCGCCAACACCAUCUCCGGCAUCGCAUUGGGCACAGAGACAGCCAUGUUCCUGGCCUGGUUCGGGUUCUUCACUGCCUGGGUGUACCUCCGUUUCUACCGGAUCAGCCCUUCCAUGUCUUCCGCCAGCACCGGAGACGGCUCCGUGAUCAAGGGCGACGCAUCAGACACCUUCUCCUUUGCUCACUUCUUCCCCGAACCCAUCCAGACGCCCGUCGGACAGCUGGGAGACCAGGUCUACAACACCCUGACUGCGUUGAGUGUGUGCACGCCCUUCUCGGCCGAGGACAUCGACGCUGGAAACGAGCAGGCGAGCGCACGCGCGGAAGGGGGUCUUCCCAGCAUCAUGAACCCCAACAGCCGGGGAGGAAAGGGUGGAGCGACUCGGGCAGAGGCGGAAAGGCGACGGGCACUCGCUCUCAAAGCGCUGGACCAACGGUUGCAUGCUGCGGCUGCUCGGGGCCCUGCACCUACGCCCGCGGCGCCCGCAGCCACGGCCCCGUCCGCCAUUCUCGGAGAGACAAAUUACGAACCUGAACGACAUGACGAACCGGUGAAGUCGGCGUCAUGAGAUAGCACGGCCAAUGUACCAUCUACCAGUAAUCCUGAAAGGGCAGGAUGUUUUUCCCCUACUUAACGACAGGGUUGGGCGUGAAUCAUUAGCAUAUGGCGCCAAGCCGGAUCAUCGUUUGGACUGAGUUACGCAGAGAUACCACUUAUUUGACUCGCCUUUGUAUUUUGUAUAUUGAUCCUCUCUUCCAUAGACACGAAACAGAGCACGAAG